UCGGCCAACCAGAUGUUGAAACCCAUGAACCAGAUCUUGGCAGAGAAGAAUCGGGAACUCAUCCAAAGCCCAAUGGACAACUGUAUUUUAAACAGUAAGCCGCAUAAGCUUCCCUUUGUAAAGGCGUAAAUUAUGAACAUCGCGAAGGAGAUGCAGAAACCGAUCCGGCUCAUCGCGGCUGCAUGCAGAGAUUUGGGCAUCGGGAAGAACGGACAGCUUCCCUGGAGACUUCCGAAAGAAUUUCAGUUUUUUCUGGACACAAUUACAGCUGUGUCAACACCUGGGAAAAAGAACCUGAUUGUCUGGGGACGAGUCUCCUGGUUUUCUUGUCCUGAGAAGGUCUUCCCUUUGGCCAAUGGCAUCAAUGUGGUGUUGAGCAGAAAGCUGAAGUCAGUGCCAACAAAUGCUCACUAUCUGUGUCAGGAUUUCGGGUCAGUAAUUCGUCUGGCUUCUGAACCUCCUCUAUGUCACUUUGUGGAGACCAUCUGGCUUUUAGGAGGCCCUGAGAUAUAUAAGGAAGGUCUUGAUCAUCCGUGGUGUGAUCUCAUUUAUCUCACUGACAUCAUGGCUGACUUUGACUGCGAUGUCUUUUUCCCAGAGUUCGACCGCAAUGUUUUCACAAAACAAAAGGGCUUUCCUGGAGUUCCAGAUGAAAUUCAUGAAGAAAAUGGUAUUAAAUUUCAAUUUCAAGUCUUCAAGAAGGAGGCUCAGGACUGAAGCAGUGAGACACAGUUUACAAGUCGGAAAAUGUACAAGUUGUUUUAUGUUUACAUAACCUGAAAUAGUAUUUGACUUGUUUUAAUACAAACAUUACAGUAUCAUGCAUAGCUCAAGGGCUCUUUGAUUACCUCUGUGCUGUUGUACUUCACUAUGCAAAACAUUUCAGAACAGCUAGUUCUUCAUAUUGUCAUAAUCACCAUUAUCUUGCUUUAUUAUUACAUAAGCAGUCGUGCUAUACGUGAUAUGAAACAGCAGAUGGACCAGCAGACAAUGCAGCCAGCGAUGAACACUACUUCCCUCACUAUUACACAUGCAACAGUUUGUGACCACUCACCAGAUUCUCAGUUACUCAUGUCACCAUGGUGACACAAGUGUAAUGAAUCAAAGCAGAUCAGGGGGAUGGGAUACAGUAGGAGUCAUGUAUGUGUGUACUUGAACCUUAUAACCAUUUGUUGUGUGCCUUACUGCUGCUACUUAAUUAGCAGUAUAUUUUAAACCAAGCUUUGUUGAAUGUAAUAAAAUGUGUGUGCAGUUUUCAGUAAAGUGCACUUGAAGUGUAAUGUAGAUAGUUCUCAAUGAAGUGUAAUCGUUCAUUUAGGUUUCUGAUGUCAUUCGCACAUUGUACAAGCUAGACAGUAUCCGCUACUAUGUUAUUGUGAGGUGCUACAUUAAAGUAUUUUCUAAUAC